AUGGAUUAUCAACGUCAAUUACUUGAGGAGUUGAUGGCUCCUUUUGAGACUUCUAAUAAACAUAACUUCUGGGAUGAUGCUGUCUGCAAGCACUUUUUAGUCAAAUUUUGUCCCAAUUCUCUCUUCACCAACACAAAGUCUGACCUUGGACCCUGUACAAAACUUCACGAUGAAAAGUUAAGAAAACAGUAUCAAGAAGCAUUAGAUCGUGAAAAAUAUGAUUAUGAAAUUAAAUUUUACGAUUAUUUGCAAUCAUUGUGUAAUGACUUGGACAAAAAAAUUCGGAAAGGAAAUGAUCGAUUAAACGUUCGUCCUGAUGAUACACUCUUGAAUCCAAACAAAGAUGAAAAAGAAGAAAAAAUGAUCAUAUUAGACGAAAAGAUCAAAGAUUUAUUGGUGAAGAUUGAGGAAGCGGGAGAGGAAGGACGCGUACAAGAAGCUCAGAUUUUAACCAAAGACGUAGAAUCACUUCAAAAAGACUUGGAUUUUUUAAAAAACAGCGAUGAUUCAAAUCCAUUAUUUAAACAAGAGAGAAGGAUGUUAGUUUGUGAAGUAUGUGGAGCUUUUUUGGUUACGAAUGACACAUCCAAUCGUAUGGAUGCUCAUUUACAAGGAAAGCAGCAUACAGGUUAUAAGCAGAUUCGUGAAACUCUGCAUGAAUGGAAGCAAUUGCGAGCAUUUACUUCCCGGGAUGUACAACCACUUCGAGGAGAUUUUCGUCGAGAUCCACAUGGUAGACACGAACCAUAUCCUCGCAAUAAUCGUAGGGAAAAACAUAAAGACCGACGGGAUGAAAAAGACCAAGAUCGGGACCAUGAAGAUUAUGGACGUAGGAGAAAUAGUAAAGAAUAUCGUCGGGACAGAAUCGAUAAAGGACGUAGAUAUUACGAUGAUUAA